GAAAAAACCUUGAUCGCUUAGUAGAGCGCAAGCACAGCAGUAUGAACGUUUCAACGAUGAAUAUCUUUGAUCGGAUUGAAAUUGUGGCAGCCAUCGAUUUUGGCACAACAUACAGUGGAUAUGCAUAUUCGUAUGCUCACGCUAAAAAAACCAUCCAUUUAAACGGAGCUUGGGCGAACAACGCCUUUAAAACACCAACCAUUAUAUUAUUCGAUGCCAACCAAAACUUUAAAGCCUUUGGUCGACACGCUGAGAAGUUUAUUUGUGACAAUCCUGAAUAUGAUGGAUAUUAUUUUCAAAGAUUUAAAAUGAAACUUAACAAUGAAAAAAUAUCGCGAGAAAUGAUUCUACGAUCUGAAGAUGGAAAAGAAAUGAAAGCUCUUCAAGUGUUCAGUGAGGCAAUACGUUAUUUCAAAGAUCAUUUCUUGGACUCUAUCAACAAACGAUGUCCAAGUAACAUGGUGGACGUAGCUCAAGUAAGAUGGGUACUUACUGUUCCAGCCAUAUGGUCUCAUGCGUCGAAACAAUUUAUGAGGGAAGCAGGAGAAAAGGCUGGCAUUCCCAAAAUAAAUUUAUCAAUUGCUUUGGAACCAGAAUGUGCGUCAAUCUAUUGUCAACACAAAGACGUUGCUGAUUUCCAAACAACAAUAAAAAAUGAACCGGGGACAAAAUAUCUUGUGCUUGAUAAUGGAGGAGGAACUGUGGACGCAAGUGUUCAUCAAAUACUUCAAAAUGGAAAACUAAGAUCAUUGCAUAUGCCAUCUGGUGGUGCUUGGGGAGGAUCCAAUGUUAACGAGGGAUUUGAAAAAUAUUUGGAAAGCAUAUUCUCAAGUGCUGUCAUUCAAAAAGUAAAAACUUUGCAUCCUGACCAUUGGCUAAAGAUGAGAAGAGAGUUUGAAGACAUCAAGACAAGUCUGGAUGAAUGCGUUCAAAAUUUCUACAGCAUGUCCCUCGCAAAUGCUUUCAUAAAAAUUUACAAGGAAGAAACACACAAUGAUAUUGAUCAACGUAUAACUUACCUCAACGAUAGUAGAGGUUUUUACUUCAAUUGUAGUGGAGGUGCCCAUAUCCAAGGAGGGGAGACACUAAAAAUCCCAAGAGGAGUCAUUACAGAUUUAAUAAAGGAAAUGUCUACGAAAAUCAAACGUCAUACGGAAAAACUGCUGAAGAACGAAGAAAUCCGUGGUUUGGAUUUUGUAAACAUGGUUGGCGGCUUUUCAAAUUCAAGCAUAGUGCGGGAUGAUAUACAAUCUUUGAUUUCUGAUAUCCACUGGCCUGAAUAUUCAGAAUUGGCAGUACUUAGAGGUGCUGUCAUUGCCGGAUGGAAUCCUGACUUAAUAAGCUCACGAAGAAGUCUGCAGACUUACGGAAUACAAACAAACAGGGAUUUUGUCAAAGAGAAACAUCCAGAAAGGUUAAAAUACAAGAAUAAGGAUGGUGUUUGGAAAUGUGGUUCAAUCUUUGAUACCCUUGUAACGGUAAAUGAGGAAGUGGAUGUUGGACAAGUAGGAAAAGUAUCUAAGACAUAUCAUCCUUUGCUCAGAAAUCAGAAUAAAGUAACAUUCCCGAUCUACACGAGUUCGAAAAACAAGGUCAGCUACUGUGAUGAGGAAGGUUGCAGAAAAGUUGGCAAAAUAACUGUCGAUUCGCCAAACGUGGAAAAAGGAAUAAACCGAGACAUAAAGGUAGAUAUCAUUUUUGGAAACACAGAAUUCUUCGUUGAUGUUCUUGACGUCAGCAGUGCCAACAGACGACACGCUACUUUUGACUUUUUAAGCACACAAUAAACAUAAAAAUAAUGAGAAUAAUAUGAGGGUUGUAAUAACAUUUAUGUAAUGUUAAUUGAAUUCUAUUUGAAAAGCCUGCUAAAUUA